GUUGGCCAGCUCAUGCUACCAUAAAAGGCUUUCUUCCCAAACUUUUAAUAACCAUCAAGCAAAGCAAAGAGCAGAGACUAUUGAGAGGAGCUUGCUAGGCUUUUUUCCUUAAAUAAUAGGAGAAGAUUGUAAGAAUUAGCUAUAGGGGCAGAAUGGGACGUGGGAAGAUAAACAUUUCAAGGAUAGAGAACAAAACCACAAGGCAAGUCACCUUUGCGAAACGCCGAGCUGGGCUUCUCAAAAAGACUCAUGAGCUCUCUGUGCUUUGUGAUGCCCAGAUCGGCCUGAUCAUCUUCUCUACCAAUGGCAAAUUGUAUGAGUUCUGCAGUGACCCUUUAAGCAUGGAGAAUAUAAUAAAGAAGUACCAGCUCGCAACAGGAACUCGAAUUGUGGAGCAAAAUGACACAGAACAACUGCAUGGUGAAAUGAGAAGAAUCAAAAGCGAAACUCACAAUCUUCAACUGAUUCUACAACGCUACACUGGAGAUGAUUUGACUUCACUAACUUUGGGUGAACUGAAUGAACUCGAAAAUGUGUUAGAGCAUUCGUCCCAUAAAGUCCGAACUCGCAAGUUUGAGAUCUUGCAGCAGCAGAUGGAGAAUCUCCAGAGAAAGGAGCAACUACUGGAGCAAGAUAACGAACAAAUGUUUCAUCUGAUAAAGGAGCACCAGGCAGCAGCAGCAUCAUAUGAGCAGCAGCAACAUAUGACAAAGAUAGAAGAAGUGGAGAGAAUGGGAAUGAAUAAUGUGAAUGUGAAUAAUGUGAGUGUGUUGGAUCAGUUCCCAUUCGGUGGAGAAGAACAGCCAAGCAGUGUGCUUCAGCUCGCCACUCUCAACCCUCCUCCUCCUCCUAAUUUUUACCCUUAUCGUCUCCUCCCUACUCAGCCCAACCUUCAAGAUUACACCCUUAACUGAUCGAUCAUUAAUUAUUUAUAUGAGCGCCUUGAUGAUUUGGAGCAUUGACUAUACAUGAUCAUAGAAUUAAUCUUAGCAAGGCUUCUCAUGCUGGUGGGACUUCGUUUAUAUAUAUCCUUAGCUACAAAAGUACUACUUUACUAGAGUGCAUGCAGACAGAUAUAUAUAUAGUUUAAUUAUAAGGACAUUAUUAUAUUUGUGAGUAAUAUUCUAUAUUUAUACUGUGUAGGGGCUUCUUCCCCAAUUGGAUUCACAUCUUGUUUAAGGGGCUUCUUCUUUUAGUUAUUAUAUGUACAACUAUAUAAUUUAUAU